CGAGAGUUCAUUUCAUUCUGUCAUUGACCAGUGCCGAGCACGGUCUGUGUGUCGUGCGUUUCUUUGCCCUAUGGUGUUACUUUUGUGUGUAUGCAGGAACAUACACUCUGUUUUUUUGUUGUAUAUAUACGCAUACGCCUGGAGGAAAGCUAUCCCGGAACAUUCGGUGCGCUUGGUGUCGUAUAAUUUACAAUAUAAUUAAUUCAAUUACUAUUAAUCUGAAAAUCAAUAACCUUACAACACAACUCCGAUGUAACGGGACCCUUAAAUCGAUAAUAUAGUGGAGAGCCCUUCGGUGGCUUUGAAUAAGUUCGCGUCGAAUAUCAUAAUAAUAAAUUAUAAUUAAUUGUAUUUUUGAUACAAAAUGGAGUCGUGCUGUAGAUUGUGUUUUAAGCAGAGUUCCGAGAUGGAACGAAUAUUUCCGGAUUGUGAGGAUGAAGACGACGUUGACGUUGAGUCUCAGGUUGCAAUAAAGAUAUUCAAGUGUACCUCAAUGCAGCUUCCCGUUGAUGAUGAUGAUUUGUUUUCUCGCGUUUGUAAACCAUGUUUGGCUAAAUUGGACGAAUUCUUCCAGUUUAGAGUGACCUGUCGAAAGAAUAAUGUUCUCUACCGUAAGAAGAGUAAAAAAGCAAUAAGGGACUCGAAGGCAGGAGUUGCAAAAUCUGAAAUUAACAAACCGAUCGAUCCUGAUGAUGAUUUGUCGUUGGACAAGUUGGAUGAAACGUUGCUAAGAGCGUUGGAAGGCAAGGACGGUUCGAUGGACACGUCCUCUUUUGAUCAAGCCUUUGCCAGUGAAAUAAAACCAGAAGAGCUGCUUACAAUAAACCUGGAUUGUGACGAUGAGCAGCGUAUGAAUACGCAGGAACCAGUGAGCUCGAGCUCUUCUCGCUGUAACAAUUGUGGCGGAGAAUUUGGUUCAUCAUUUGAACUCAACCAACACAUGUUGUACUGUCAACAACGUUCCAGAGAAAAUCUGUAUAACUUGCAAAUUGCGAAUAUAUCAGCUGGUGCAGAUCUGCAGUGUUACAUGUGCAACAAAAGUUUUUCCAACAUGCAAGAUCUCAGAUACCACGAAUCACUUCAUUCAAAUUCGUCUAUGAAAUGUACGUUCUGUACGCAAACAUUCACGUGCUCUCGUACUCUCAGGUUCCACAUGGAUGAGCAUAAAAUCAAAUGUACCCUUCCGAAUGGCCGCUUCAAGUGUGACAUGUGCGAAGGCACGUUCAAAUUGUACGGAAAUAUGAUUAUCCAUCGUCGUAGUCACACCGGCGAACGGCCUUAUCCUUGCACCAUUUGCGGUCGUGCGUUUUCAACAUCGAGCAAUAUGAAAACCCACAUGAAUGUGGUUCAUGCUCAGGAUCGCCCAUACAAGUGUCAGCAGUGUCACAAAAGCUUCAAUAGCGAAACACGUCUUCGAUCGCACAUGGAAAGCCAUGCGUUCCCAAUGAGCUCCACAAGUGGGGGCCCGUCUUCCCUCGAUAAACUAGGAAUCAGUGAACUUUCCAGCACCUGUAAGAUUUGCAACAAAACGUUCAGCCAUCCGUCGUAUUUAACCAUUCACUAUCGGGUUCACACCGGCGAAAGACCGUAUCAGUGCAAAUUCUGCACGAGCGCUUUCGCCACCAGUGGGAAUCUGAAGGUACAUAUGAGGAUCCACGCGGCCCAAAAGAUUCGACCCUUCCAGUGCAACAUGUGUCCCAAAUCUUUCCUUCACGCAAGCAAUCUUUCCGUGCAUAAGAAAACCCAUCAUUACUAGUGUAUAGCCAGUGGAACUCACAGCAACUCGAACAUAGAUAAGAGAUUAUUUUGAAAAGUUUUAUUGCAUAUUAUUUAACUCAUUUUAAACUAGCUUAACUAACUAUCGGUAUGCUUUCUUGACAGGUUGAAGAAUCAUAUUAUAUUAUAUACAUACUAAAUAUUGGA